AUGAUGCCAGUGGCCCACCUCGUCAAAGUAACUCUUCCAAAUUAUUUAGCUGGAUUGCCCAUUCCAGAUACUAUUGGAGGAUGGUUUCGACUCGGAAGUAAGAAAUUAAACAACAUAUUUCCUAUACAUUUGAUAAUCUAGUAGAAUCACGUCGAGUACCUUUCAAAAAUUCAAGUUUUCAACGUGACAUUGCAAAUUACUACUCUGCUACAUUCUAUCCAAUAUAGUUCUUACGAAUAACAUUACGAAUGUAUGAAAUAUUUUUUAUUUUUAUUUAGUAAGAGACUGGAUUGCCUUAAUUCCACCGACCGCGUUAUUAGCGGGUAUCGGUUAUAUGUCGUAUCAAGCAUUUUGUCCAAAGGCCAGAGGACCAGUAAGUAAUUUGUGUGUUUACUUAUUACCAACCAACGCAAGAACGUUAAGAUAGUACAUUACGUUAUAUUUUGUCUCUUCCUUUCUCGAUUACGUAACGUUGUUGUCUCAUAUUUAUUACUAUCGUUUGUACGAUAUUAUUCAUUGCAUUUAUGUGUUAAAUACGUACGUAACAAAGAGUUGGCCACGCCAAGCAAUUAAUAUGUCGUGUCAUCUACUUAUAUCUAUAGUUUAUCUUAAUAAUAUGGUUACAGCCAUGCGGACUUGUGAAUCUGAGUGUAAAGAAGGAUGUAAAUAAAGUAGUAGACACAGUUGAUAUAGAAGAUAUUACUGAAAAAGCCGUGUUUUGCCGUUGCUGGAGAUCCAAGAACGUAAGUUUUCCAUUUUACCGUUAAUGUUUUACCUUAUCCUAUACAUAAAUAACCUACAUAUCUCUCUACACAUACGUCGUCAAUGUCAAUGUAUCAAAAACAUCUGGAAAUAACCUUACGAGCGAAACAAACGUACAUUACACGAUCAUUCGUUUAUAUACCGAUAAAUUGAUAAACGAAUAAAAGUUAACACAAGAGUAAUAUCGACAUUGAUACUUUGCUAUUUCAGUGGCCAUACUGUGACGGCGCUCAUGGAACUCAUAAUCAGGCGACGAACGACAAUGUCGGUCCACUUGUAAUUACAAAAAAGAAGGACUAA